AUGGCGUCCGGACAUGAAAUAUACGCGCUACGGGCAUGGAUGUACAAUCAUAAGGAUCCGGAGACUGGUGAAGUAACGAAAGAGUAUCGUGCUGGACUACGAGGAUUUUUACAACAGGCAACUAAUCAACCAUUCGCAAGGGAGCAUGGUGCAUCAAGUAGUAGUACGGGUCAGGGAUUUGAACUGCCAAAUUAUAAUUCAGAUUAUGUUCCUCGUGAGCCAAAUAUGUUUGGAAAUAAUGCGGGUGAUGGGUCUGAGCAAAAUAUGUUUGGAAAUAAUGCGGGGGAUGGGUAUGAGCAAAAUAUGUUUGGAAACAAUGCGGGGGAUGGGUAUGAGCAACAGGGAAAUAGGUAUCAUGAUAUGGUUACAGAUGCAUUGCAUGAAGCUGCUAUUCCUGAUAGUAGUAGGGAAGAACCUAACAUAGACGCACAACGAUUUUAUAAUAUGUUAGACGCUGCCAAUGAACCCAUCUACGAAGGAUGUAGAGAAGGGCUUUCUAGAUUAUCACUAGCAUCUAGGAUGAUGACUAUUAAAAGUGAUCAUAAUCUAAAUGAGAAGUGCAUGGAUUCGUUGGCUCGACUCAUUAAUGAGUAUUUACCAGAAGGUAAUCUUGCUGCUGAUAAUUUCUAUGAAAUUCAGAAGCUAGUUGCCGGUCUUGGUCUACCAUCUGAAAUGAUUGAUGUAUGCAUUGACAACUGCAUGAUUUACUGGAAAGAUGAUGAAAAACUGACGGAAUGUCGAAUUUGUCAAAAGCCAAGAUAUCAAGAAACCACAGGAAGGAAUCCUGUGCCGUACAAACGUAUGUGGUACUUACCCAUCACAGAUAGGUUGAAGCGUUUGUACCACUCAGAAAGGACAGCCGCGUCGAUGAGAUGGCAUGCCCAACAUUCGGUGAAAGAUGGCGAGAUUACACAUCCCUCAGAUGCAAAGGCAUGGAAACACUUUCAAACCGUAUAUUCCGACUUUGCGAGUGAGUUUAGGAACGUUUAUCUUGGCUUAUGCACAGAUGGAUUUAGUCCAUUUGGUAUGUCUGGAAGACAAUACUCUUUAUGGCCUGUAAUCUUGACGCCAUACAACCUCCCUCCGGAGAUGUGCAUGCAAAGAGAAUUUUUGUUCUUGAGUAUUCUAGUGCCUGGUCCAAAACAUCCAAAGCGAGCACUUGAUGUUUUUUUGCAACCUUUGAUCCAUGAGCUGAAGAUGUUGUGGCAUCAUGGCGUGCAGACAUGGGAUUACUCGCAGGAACAGAACUUUAAUAUGCGUGCAGUGCUUAUGUGGACCAUUAGUGACUUCCCCGCAUAUGGAAUGUUAUCGGGUUGGACCACACAUGGAAGAUUAUCAUGUCCAUAUUGUAUGGAUAGGACAGAUGCUUUUCAGCUCAAAAAUGGGAGGAAGUCAUGUUGGUUUGAUUGUCACCGUAGGUUUCUUCCGCCGCAUCAUACAUAUCGUAAGAACAAGAAAUUGUUUAGGAAAAACAAGGUAGUGCGUGUUCCUCCCCCAGUAAUGCAACCAGGAGCAUCUUUGUUAGAGCAGAUUGAUUAUUACGGUGCUAAGGAGACAUGUAAAGUUGGAGGAAAUGGGCACACUCCACCUAACAUGCCAGACGGGUAUACGGCAUCUCAUAAUUGGCAUAAGAAGAGCAUAUUUUGGGAACUUCCAUAUUGGAAGGAUCAUCUCUUAAGGCACAACCUUGAUGUGAUGCACAUAGAGAAGAAUGUUUUUGAGAAUAUCAUGAACACUCUUUUGGAUGUGAAGGGAAAGAGUAAAGAUAAUUUGAAAUCGAGGUUGGAUUUGCCAGAGUUAUGUGCAAGACCAGAGCUGCAUGUGACAAGAGAAGGAAAAUUACCAGUUCCGAAUUUUAGAUUGUCUGGGGUGGCGAAGCAAAAGUUGUUUGACUGGGUAAAUUCUGAUGUAAAGUUUCCAGAUGGAUAUGUGUCAAAAUUCUCAAGAUGCAUCGAGCAAGGAAAAAAAUUUUCUGGUAUGAAGAGUCACGACUGUCACGUUUUCAUGCAGCGGCUCCUACCGUUCGCAAUGACGGAGCUAUUACCGAAACAUGUUCAUGAAGCAAUAUCCGGAGUUGGAGCAUUUUUUAGGGAUUUAUGCACUCGGACAUUGACUGAGGAUGGGAUCGAGUUGUUAGCCAAGAAUAUUCCGGUUUUGCUUUGCAAUCUGGAAAAAGUCUUCACUCCAUCUUUUUUUGACGUAAUGGAACAUCUCAUGAUUCAUCUACCUCUUGAAGCAGCUCUUGGGGGCCCUGUGCAAUUCCGAUGGAUGUAUGUAUUUGAGAGAUUCAUGGGAUAUCUAAAAAAGUUUGCCAAAAAUCUGGCCAAAGUCGAGGGUUCGAUAGUUGCAGGAAGUUUGACGGUGGAAACUUCACACUUUACAUCCUACUACUUUAGCCCAACCGUUAGAACGAAGAAAACCGCUCCUAGACGAUACGACGACGGAGGAGUUGCGCCUUCAUAUCUUGUUACAGACGUUCCUGACAUAUUUUGUCAGAUUGGAAGACUUGCUGGCAAAGUGAGAGAAGUUUGGUGGGAAGAUCAUGCACAUGCUCAUGCGGCUCACAUUUAUAUUAUGCGAAACAUUGACUACUUGCAGGAAUUUGAAAGCAUAUUCAAGUUACAAAUUCGAGAACACUAUCCUAAUUUAGAAGAAAAGGAUUAUGAGCAGUUGAACGAACGAGAUUAUCCUGGGUGGUUAGAAUACUAUGUGAGAAAUGGAUGUCAUAACAAACCAAUUCCGCGAUGGUUGUAUGAAUUUGUUGACAAACCGGUUGCUAAGAUCACUACUUCUCCAAUGUACUUCACUCGUGGAUACACUUUUCAUACGUACACACACGGUUCGAAGAGAUCAACCGCGAAUUUUGGAAUCCAACUCCAAGGUGAAACUGACUUCUACGGUGUCUUGCAACAGAUCAUAGAAGUCACUUACCCGGGAAGCAUCAACUUAAAAUGCGUAUUAUUUAAGUGUGAUUGGUAUGAUCCAACGAGUGGCCGAGGGGUCCGAAAAAAUAACCUUGGGGUCAUUGAUGUCAAUGCAAAUAGACGUUAUGCAAAAUUCGAACCAUAUUGCCUUGCAUCACAAGCAGAUCAAGUAUGUUUUCUUCCAUAUCCAAGGAUUAGAGAAAGGCGUGAAAGGUGGUUAUCAGUCAUUAAAGUGAAUCCGCGAGGGUGUAUAAUCGUCGGAGAAAUUGCCGAUGUCGCUAUGCAGGGAGAAAGAGUUGCUGAAAUGUCUGUCCCAACCGAAUCGACUGAGAAUAUUUUACACAUCGAUCCAGAUAACCAAGAAGCAGAAGUCAUUGUUGAUGCUUCGACCGAAGGGUCUGUUUCAGAAGAAGACGAGUUUGAUGCUGAAACUGACGAAGAUGACAUCACAAACGAUGAGGCUGAAAACAGAGACAAUGAAAAUGUAUCUGAAAAUGAAUCUGAUUAG